CAAAUUGCACCACCCUCUUCCCUCUCACUCGCCCGUAAUGAACUUUCCUGGAUAUUUUCGAGGGCUGCAACUCACCGUCGGAAAGACAGUUAGAUACUGACUUCAGCCGUUUUUGGCCCAGUCAAAGUGCUUUCUUUUACCUAUUUGACACAAUCGUCUCCGUUAUUUCAAUGCACUGAAAUCGAGGAUGAUUGUUAUUUUUUUAUUUCAAUUGUAGUCUUCUGGGUCAGCAACGAAGACAAAAAAAAAUACUGCGUCUAGCCUACACUGGAUUUGAGGCUAACAAUGAAGGUAUCGUGCAUCGUGCAGACCUGCACAUUACUCUUGCUGUUACACGGACAGACAAUUCCAGCUGAAAAAGUGAAGACCGUCUUAAAAGGAAGCGUUAAUCCUUGUUGCUACUAUCCAUGUCAGCAUAUGGGAAUCUGCCUAAGAUAUGGGAUGGACAGUUAUGAAUGUGACUGCACCCGCACUGGUUACUAUGGAGAGAACUGCACCAUUCCGGAAUUUUGGACCAGAGUUCGGCAGCACCUAAAACCAAGUCCUAACGCUAUUCACUACAUCCUCACCCACUUCCACUGGCUUUGGAAUAUCAUUAACAGCACUAGAUUGCGGGACUGGCUUAUGCGGAUUGUCUUGACAGCAAGGUCCGAUCUUAUCCCAAGUCCUCCAACAUACAACUCUAAGUAUGGAUACUUGAACUGGGAAUCAUACUACAACACCACCUAUUACACUCGUAUCCUGCCACCUGUGCCAGAAGACUGCCCAACUCCUAUGGGUACUAAAGGUAAAACAGAACUUCCAGACCCAAAGUUGUUGGUGCAGAAGUUUAUGCUUCGGGACCAUUUUAAACCUGACCCUCAGGGGAGCAAUCUCAUGUUCGCCUUCUUUGCCCAACAUUUCACUCAUCAAUUCUUCAAAACCCACAACAGAAUGGGAUUAGCAUUCACUAAAGCCUUAGGUCAUGGGGUGGAUGCAGGACACAUAUAUGGGGAUAAUCUUCCCCGGCAGCUGAAUCUUAGGCUUCACAAAGAUGGAAAGCUGAAAUACCAACUGCUGAAUGGUGAGAUGUACCCGCCAACUGAAGCAAUGGCAAAGGUUAACAUGAGCUACCCUCCAACUGUGGCCCCUGAGAACAGACUGGCAAUUGGGCAGGAGGUUUUUGGGCUGCUGCCCGGCCUCAGCUUGUAUGCCACGCUAUGGCUGCGUGAACACAACCGUAUCUGUGACAUCCUGCUUGAAGAACACCCCACCUGGGAUGAUGAACAACUCUUCCAGACUGCCCGACUCAUUGUUAUUGGUGAGACAAUCAGGAUUGUGAUUGAAGACUAUGUCCAACAUCUGAGUGGCUAUCUACUUCAGCUGAAGUUUGACCCAGAACUACUAUUUAGUUCCCAGUUCCAGUACCAGAACCGCAUAGCUGUGGAAUUCAACCACCUGUACCACUGGCAUCCUCUCAUGCCAGACAGCUUCCACAUUGAUGGUGAUGAGAUCCCUUACUCCCAGUUCAUCUUCAAUACAUCCAUUCUCAUCCACUAUGGGGUGGAGAAGCUUGUCGAGGCGUUCGCUCUCCAGCGGGCUGGACAGAUAGGUGGUGGUAAAAAUAUUCAUCCUGUCAUAAUUGGUGUGACAGAAAGUGUUAUUCGGGAAUCGAGAGAACUCCGAGUGCAGCCUUUCAAUCAGUACCGCAAACGCUUCAACCUGGAGCCAUAUACAUCAUUCUAUGAUUUAACUGAAAAUGAAGAGACUGCACGUGAGCUGGAAGAACUCUAUGGGGACAUAGACGCCCUUGAAUUUUACCCUGGACUUUUGCUGGAGAAGCCUCGAUCAGGUUCAAUAUUUGGUCAGAGUAUGGUAGAGAUGGGCGCUCCAUUUUCCUUGAAAGGUCUGAUGGGAAAUCCAAUAUGUUCUCCUGAUUAUUGGAAACCCAGCACAUUUGGUGGUAUGACAGGUUUUAACCUUGUAAAUUCUGCCUCACUUGAAAAUCUGGUGUGUCUGAACAGUAAGUGGUGUCCAUAUGUAGCUUUCAGUGUUCCCUCUCAAUCACACUCUGAAACUAAACAACAGCCAUCUUCUUUGAAGCCUGAACUGUAGUCCCACUGGUAAUACAUACUGUGCAUCACUGUAAAGAUCAUUUCUUUUCCAACACAUAAAACACAAUAGUUUUCACCCACAAAUUCACAACCACAGAACAAUAUGUUUUUAUUUUAUUUUCUCCAUCAGAACAGUUCAAUAAAUGCACUGCAAGGAAUGUGAUAAUGAUAUACAUGUUCAUAUUAUUGAGGAGAAUGAUUUUAAAAUACACAUGUCAAUAUAUAACUCAAUAAACAAUUACAUACCUGUG